UCUUGCCGUUCAGCGAUUCGAACAGCAGCCCUCCUACACAGAAGUCAAUCCUGGUCAGGACGCCCUACUAGUAUGCAAAGUAUUUAAUAAAAGGGGCUCGUGCUCGUGGCAAAAGGACAACAAGCCGAUGGGCAUGUAUCCUCAUAAAUACGAGUGGGCUUCGCCCAAUCAACAGAAUGGCGAUUGUUCCAUAUGGGUGCGUGCGGCGCAGUUAGAAUUUGAUGAUGGCAGUUGGGAAUGUCAAGUGACGGCCAGUGAUUUUCAUACGCAGGAUGCCUUGACCAGUCAUCCCGUUCGGCUAGUCGUCAGAGUGCCACCCCAGAGGCCCAGGAUAGAGUUCAACGGCACCCAGGUUUUGCCCGGACACAACCUGACAACGCUGCACGGCGAGGUGGCCGUUAUCAAGUGCGUGUCGCAUUACGGGAACCCCCCGCCGGUGCUCAAAUGGUUCAUGGAUCAACAAGAAAUAACAUCGACCAGGCGACAAACAAACACAACUGAACUUGAUAAUCCGAGGACAUGGUUGGCAGUGUCAGUUUUGGAACUGACCAUAUCCAAGGAUAAUCACGGUAGGAUGUUGCGAUGUGUAGCAAUCCAUGAGUCGUACUCGACAAAAUCCAGCAGUAUUGAAGUACGACUUGAUGUAAUGUUUGUUCCUGAAACUCGUCUAGUGGGCAUCCCAACCACCGACAUCGAAGAUCUGAAGGAUUCCAUAGCGAUCAGAUGCGUGGUAACGGCCAAUCCCAAAGCUUCGGUCGUUUGGAGACGCGAAGGCCAGAAUCAACCUGCUAGCUUGCAGGAAUUGCUACAGUUCAGUCCGGCGAUCAGGCAGCAUUCCGGGCUGUACACUUGCCACGCCAGGAAUAAGGCUGGGGAUUCUGUACCUAUCAGAGUACAAGUAGAUGUCAAAUAUCGACCAAAAGUCAUAAGCGUCGGUCGCGAAAGAGUGAAGACGGCAACCCUGUUCUCCCCUGUCAAUUUUGAGUGUCUGGGCGAGGGUAAUCCACCUCCGACUUACCAGUGGAUCCAAAGAAGGAAAUCGGCCAUGGCGGACAGCAUUAUCGAGAGAGGCAGAGAAGCCAAGCUGCACAUCAGUAACAUUACCUACGAGUUUCAAGGGGAAUGGCGGUGUAAAGUGACGAAUAUCAUCAAGGGUGAAGAGCAGAGUGAUAUAAGCGAACCCAUCAUUCUCCAAGUUCACGGUGCACCUCAGGUGAUUAAACAAGCCGUUACGCCUGAAAUAUACGUGGAGAGUGGACAGCCGGUUGACCUCAGCAUGGUGGUUUGCGCUGACCCCAGACCAAGAUCUGUGGCGUGGGAAUGGGGGUCGCUCAGGCUGGAAGCAGGAAACGAAAUGGGCAAGUUCAAAGUAGACGACGUUGCGCAGGAACAAGGCGAAGACUGCUAUUUAACCACCCUUCACGUCAGAGAUACGUCAGCGACAGACUCGCGGACGUAUUAUCUACUUGUGGAGAACGACAAAGGAAAAGACACACACGCGGUACAAUUGCUCGUUAACGAACCUCUUCAAAUGAGCACGCUAGUUAGUGUAGCGGGAGCUCUCUUAGUAGGAUUCUUAAUUAUGGUUUGCGCAUGCAUAUACGCCAUCAGGGCAGAAAAGUGCUGUUUCUCGAGAAAAGGCGACUUCAAACCAUCGGAAAUAGACGGGCAAAAAGUCGACAUCGAAAAGACCGCCCACCACCUCACCAACAACCAAACGCACACCAACUUGGGGCCGGGCGGCAUACCCGCCGACGCCAUCUACACUACGGGACCGAGGGGCGGCCUGAGCAACGCCGCCGGCCCCGGCCAUCCCGACGCCAUGAAGACCCCCGUCCUGAGCACUUUCUCAAACCACCACCACCUCACAUGAUUUUAAAACCGGCGGCCGGAUUAAGGGUCCUCAGGCCGGCCCUGCCUAGCUCCGGACCUUCCCCGAACGAUCGCCGAUCGCGCUUCGACAAAACUCGACACGACACGUCACUAUCUCAUCCGCCAUCUUGAAAUGGGAGCUACGGUAUCGUUCCUAACCUCAAAGCUUAUUGUUUCAAAAGUUCUUGGUCCAGUAGGAAAUGACCGAAUUUACUGAUAAAUUUUAAUUUGUUUCAAUAUCAAUAUCAAUUUAAACGUAAAGUAAAAAUUAACCUAGCUCUCACAAAAAAAAUACUAAUUAAUAUUUUUAAUGAUAAAAAAAUCUCAAGCACUUUCCAUCACAAGUAAAUAGUAGAUACUUUUUCUUCUUAAUUAUAUAUUUUUUUGAGAAAUAAAUAAUAAUACCUUGUUUGUUUAAGUUGUCAGCAGAAACAACUUAGAGCUAAAUACAAAACAAUCUCCAUCAAAAAGUAAAAACAACUACACACUUAUAUCAACAUAAAUUGAAUUCAAAAAAACUGUAACUUAAAAGUGGAGGUAAGUUUUAGUCAUUUACGCUUCGUGUUAAUAUUGAGAUAUUUUGUAGAUUGGUUGAUCAUAACUCAACAAUAUACGAUAACCACUUUCUUCAAACUGACAUAAUGUGGUCAAGUUCUUAAAAAAAUUCUCUUCUACAUAAAAGUCUCCUUUUUUAAACGAAAUUUAAUGAUAAAAUUUACAUAUAGAUAACAAACUACAAAAAAGAUAGUAAAUAGUAAAGAAAGUAACAAAUACCAUGCGAUCGAAAAAAAAGGCGUCAAAGACGGCUGAGCAAUGACAAUCAAUGAUAAUUUUGGCGAAGUCAAGCCCUAGACUACUUAACGCUUACUCUUCUUUAUUUUUUAAUGGCGCUUACUACCAGUUGACCUUAAGAUGGUUGUAAUUAUUUUUAUACUGAGUAAAAAUGAUUUUUAACUGGUGUAAAAAAAUAAUAAGUAUAAAAAAUAUUUUUCUGGAAAUAGAUUUGCUUGUCUGGAAAUGUUCUAUCCUUUCUUAAUCCUUCUAUAAUCAAUGUUAACUUUUGACAGGUUUUAUGUCAAUUUUAAGGAAAUAGUGUCUAGAGAUUGACCUCACCAAAAUUAUCAGCUAAUGUCAUUCCCCAGCCAUCUUUGACGCCGUUUUUUUUUUCGAUCAUACAAUUAUACGUAAAGGUUUAGACAAAAACUGAUAUAAGACCCAUCUAACAAAAAUACUUGUAUUUAGAGCACAUUAGUAUAGAUGUAGUCAUCAUUUUACCAUCGAUGAUAACCAUUUUCUUCUAAAAAAAUCUAUAUCUUCUACCUCUGACUACAUCUUGUAAACUAUCAAAAAUUAUUAUACACUUUAUUAGUUUGGUAAAUGAAGUUCUUUGUUACCAUUAUAUGUUACUUCAGAAUCUAAAAUUGCUGAAUUUAUCGAAUACAGGAUGUUCAUAGGUAUCUGCCUUACAAAAAAAUAAUGUCUAAUAAAGGAAAUAUAUUAAUAUAAAAUACAUCUCGAAACUUAAAAACUUUUCAAGUAUACAAAAUUACAUCAUAAAAUUAAUUUCAAUUAGUUUAAGUCAAAAUAUAUCUUUGGUUUUAAAUAACAUUUGUCUUCAUUUUCAUGUUAUAUUGUGUAGAAGAUUGUAUCACAGUAAUACACUAAUUAUUACUAGCAAUAUUUCAAUCAAAUAGAAAAGCUUUGAAAAAAGAAUGAUACUGUAGCACUUCACCAUGUUAGAUAUUAUAAGAAAUAUUGUAAAAAUAAAGUGUAAUGUAUGUCAAAAAUGUCGGGUUGCGAAUAAUAUAUACCCAACCCGCUUAAUUAUAAUUUGAAUAUGUUUGAGAUAAAAAAUGGAGAAAAAGUAUAAAUAUAAGCACUUUUAAAGUUAUUUUUAAUUAGAUAAUUCUUUAAAGCAACCAAUAUUGUAGUUUUCUCUAUUUUUUAUCUUCAAUUUACAAAAAUAAUAUAUCCCAAACUACCCCCCACAAUAACCAAAAAAAAUAAAAAACUAACACCAGUAAAACUAACGCCCCUGUAAAUAUAUGUAGCAUCAUCUCCCCACCACACACACAUUCAAUGGUAGAAGUAGUUUAGGAGAAACAUCCCAUCAACGUUACCCUACCCCCACUACAACCACAACAACAACCACCACCACAAAACAAAACGACCGUCUCGAGUUGGC